CCGCCCCGGCACACUCUCAGCACACCUUCAGACGGAGAUGAAGUAGCAGCAGCAGCAGCAGCAGUCGAUCCACAGAGCAACAGCAGCGGAUCCGGAGGUUUCCUUCAGGGGGGACAGGUGACAGAGCGGACCGACCGUGCGACCGACACUCAGCCGCCUCAGCGUGCAUCGGUGGAAAUUACUGCUGUUUCACUCAUACCCCCCCCACCCCCUCCCGAGCAGAACACCCUCCGAUUGCCACAAUAGAUGUUACUCAACUACAUGCAUUUCGAUCUGAUCCUGUAAGCCCAGUCCGCCAAGAUGGAAAAUGCGCACACUAAAUCUGCGACUGAAGUUUUAGACAACUUCGGUGUGAACGAAAACACUGGGCUGACUCUGGAGCAAGUCAAAGUCAAUGUGGAGAGAUAUGGACCGAACGAGCUCCCAGCUGAAGAAGGCAAGUCCCUGUGGGAACUGGUGUUGGAGCAGUUUGAAGAAAUCAUGGUCAGGAUCCUGCUGCUAGCUGCCUGUGUCUCCUUUGUGUUGGCUCUGUUUGAGGAAGGAGAGGACACAACCACCGCCUUUGUUGAGCCUUUUGUUAUUCUUCUCAUCCUCAUCGCCAACGCUGUUAUCGGGGUCUGGCAGGAGCGCAAAGCUGAGAGUGCCAUUGAGGCUCUGAAAGAGUACGAGCCAGAGAUGGGGAAGGUGUACCGCAUGAACCGUAAGGCUGUCCAAAGGAUCAAAGCCAGAGACAUCGUCCCAGGAGACAUAGUGGAGGUGGCAGUUGGUGACAAGGUGCCUGCUGACAUCAGAGUGACCUCUAUAAAGUCCACCACCCUGCGGGUGGACCAGUCCAUCCUCACAGGGGAGUCGGUGUCCAUCAUCAAACACACUGACCCUGUUCCUGACCCCAGAGCUGUCAACCAAGACAAAAAGAAUAUGCUGUUUUCUGGCACAAACAUUGCAGCAGGCCGCGCCAUAGGUGUGGUCGUUGCUACUGGCGUUGCCACAGAGAUCGGUAAGAUCCGGAAUCAGAUGGCAGCCACGGAACAAGAGAAGACGCCGCUGCAGCAGAAGCUGGACGAGUUCGGGCAACAGCUCUCUAAGGUCAUCUCCCUGAUCUGCGUGGCUGUGUGGGUCAUCAACAUUGGCCACUUCGGAGACCCCGUCCACGGGGGCUCUUGGGUCAGAGGGGCUAUCUAUUACUUUAAGAUCGCCGUGGCCCUGGCCGUGGCCGCCAUCCCCGAGGGCCUGCCUGCUGUCGUCACCACCUGCCUGGCCCUCGGCACGCGUCGCAUGGCCAAGAAGAACGCCAUCAUUCGCAGCCUGCCCUCCGUAGAGACCCUGGGCUGUACCUCGGUUAUCUGCUCCGACAAGACGGGCACCCUCACCACCAACCAGAUGUCCGUCUGCAGAAUGUUUGUUGCAGACAAGGUGGAAGAUUCAAGCUGCAGCCUUCAUGAGUUCUCUAUAUCUGGUUCUACAUAUGCUCCCGAGGGACAAAUACUGAAAGGAGACAGACACGUCCAGUGUGGAGACUUUGAUGGACUUUUGGAGUUGGCCACUGUGUGCUCUAUGUGCAAUGACUCUUCACUGGACUACAAUGAGGCCAAAGGGGUUUACGAGAAGGUGGGUGAAGCCACAGAGACGGCUCUCACCACCUUGGUGGAGAAGAUGAACGUCUUCAAGACUGACCUGUCCGGACUCAGCAAGGUGGAACGGGCCGGUGCCUGCAACUCGGUGAUCAAGCAGCUGAUGAAGAAGGAGUUCACCCUGGAGUUCUCUCGGGACCGCAAGUCCAUGUCCGUCUACUGCACCCCCGUCAAGCCGGGCUCCCAGAGCAAGAUGUUUGUCAAGGGUGCUCCGGAAAGCGUGAUUGAGCGCUGUCAGUACCUGCGGGUGGGAACGGGGAAGGUGGCGUUGACCCCAGCCCUGCGCGACCAGCUGCUGUCUAAGAUCAGGGACUGGGGGACGGGCAGGGACACCCUGCGCUGCCUGGCCCUGGCCACGCACGACACCCCGCCGCGCAAAGAGGACAUGGACUUGGGCAAUUCCAACAAGUUUGCAGAGUAUGAGUUGGGUCUCACGUUUGUUGGCUGUGUGGGCAUGCUGGACCCGCCCAGGAAGGAGGUGAUUGGUUCAGUGAAGCUGUGCAACGAGGCAGGUAUACGCGUUAUCAUGAUCACAGGAGACAACAAGGGCACAGCUGUGGCCAUCUGCAGACGGAUUGGCAUCUUCGGCGAGGACGAGGACGUGACAGGAAAGGCCUACACAGGCCGCGAGUUCGAUGACCUCCCGCUGGAAGCCCAGAGAGAAGCCGUCAAGCAGGCGCGGUGCUUCGCCCGCGUCGAGCCAGCUCACAAGUCUAAGAUCGUGGGAUACUUGCAGUCGUUCGAUGAGAUCACUGCCAUGACAGGAGAUGGUGUGAACGACGCACCGGCCCUGAAGAAAGCCGAGAUCGGCAUCGCCAUGGGCUCUGGCACAGCAGUGGCCAAGUCAGCAUCCGAGAUGGUGCUGUCUGAUGAUAACUUCUCCACCAUAGUGGCUGCCGUGGAGGAGGGCCGAGCCAUCUACAACAACAUGAAGCAGUUCAUUAGAUACCUCAUCUCCUCGAACGUGGGAGAGGUGGUCUGCAUCUUCCUGACAGCCAUCCUGGGUCUCCCUGAGGCUCUGAUUCCAGUCCAGCUGCUAUGGGUGAAUCUGGUGACCGAUGGCCUGCCUGCCACCGCCCUGGGCUUUAACCCCCCAGACCUGGACAUCAUGGACAAACCCCCCCGCAACCCCAAGGAGCCUCUCAUCUCUGGCUGGCUCUUCUUCAGAUAUCUGGCCAUUGGAGGAUAUGUGGGUCUUGGAACAGUGAGUGCUGCCACAUGGUGGUACCUGUUUGAUGAAGAAGGCCCACAAGUGUCUUUCUACCAGCUGAGACACUUCAUGCAGUGCACUGAGGACAACCCCAUGUUCCAGGGCAUAGACUGUGACGUGUUUGAAUCCCGCUACCCCACAACCAUGGCCCUGUCUGUGCUGGUCACUAUCGAAAUGUUCAACGCGCUCAACAGUUUGUCUGAGAAUCAAUCCCUGAUCAGGAUGCCACCCUGGGUCAAUGUAUGGCUGCUGGGAGCCAUCAUCCUGUCCCUCUCCCUCCACUUCCUGAUCCUCUAUGUGGAGCCACUGCCCCUGAUCUUCCUGGUGACCCCUCUGCGCUUGUCCCAGUGGAUCGUGGUCCUGAAGAUUUCCUUCCCAGUUAUCCUCCUGGACGAGGCACUGAAAUAUAUCUCCAGGAACCAUCUAGAAGGUGAUGAGGACAAGAAAUAUCGGAGGAGAUGGCGACAGGACUAAGACCUCUCCCUCAACACACUCACACACUUAGACACACGCCUACCCUUUUCCCUUUACGAGCUAGGAACCUUUCCUCUCUCCCCUGUCCUCAUUCCCCCUCUCCUGCAUGUCCAACAAACCACCACUAGAAAUGAGCGGGGGGCUUGCAUGAGAACGAGUGUGCAAGAAAGAGAGCAUGCGUGUCUCCUGCAAGCAUGGCUUUGUACGAUUGUGUGAGUGAAUGAUGUGUGUGUGUGCGUGCGUGCGUCGCGUGCGUGCGUGCGUGCGUGCGUGCGUGCGUGCGUGCGUGCGUGCAUGUGAACAGGCAGAUGAAGAUCUGUCUUUGUAGUUGCAAGAGUAAGAAACAACUGCAGAAAAGAAGAAGAUAUAACUGCCCAGGGCUCUGCUUUUUAAAGAUUUCUGCUCAUUGAGUUUCUGACUGUAUACAGUACAAACAUAGUGGUGCAGUAACUGGACUUUGGGGAGGGAAGGAGAGGGAGGACAGGGGAACGGAGGUUGAGAAUACUGGGUGGGAAGGGAAGGGGAGGGGUGGGGGAGGACAAUUUUGAAAUUAGCGCUGAGACCGAAAGAGAGAGUGAGAGGGCCAGAUACUGGGGUACACGCUGGCAAAAGAAGAGCAUCAGCAAGUGGGACCCGUGUAGAGAGAGCCGUUGUUUUCGUGUGCGUCCAGAAAAACAUUAUUUGGAAGUACCGCCCGGGCUUGUGCCACCCACACUACUGGCAGCGAGUUCCAGCCAGCUCUGCGGGCGCCUUAUCAGCUCAACAGCAUCUCUGGCCAGUGUGUCACAGCGCGCUACUCCUUCAUCGCUCUUUCUCUUUACCCUUACCACAUAUAAAGUCUAACUCCCGUUGAUUGUGUUUUACGCAGAAUGACUCUCCUUUUGCCUGUCUCGGCUCUCUGUCUCUCUCUGUCUCUCUUUCUCGCUCUCUGUCGAGGAGGCAGCUGUGUUCCCGGGGGGGGGAGGGGGGGUCGCGGCUUUAAUCGUGCUCUUGAGUUAGGUCGUGGAGAUGUCGCUCCACCCACAGGUGUGAAUAGCUUUACGCCACUUGGCCGCUUCCUUGGCUCUUAAUUUCGAGGAGCUGAGGUUCAGCUCACAGACUUGGCAAACUUAAUAAAAAUACCUAAAUAAAUAAAAAAUGUCAAACCAGCAUAUCAGUAGAGUAGUCGUCAGCCAGUCCACCCAGCUGGUCCUGUUAAGCCUCACUUUAAUGUCCAUCUGCUGUGCUGCCAUUGGAGUUUUGGCUGUCAAAUAUCUAAAUUAAAGGCAGAUCUGAGCAAGAGGAUAAAGCUCCGUGACAUUUUGUACAUAAUAAUUGUCUUGGAGCACCAUCUUCCUUUUCAUUUCUUCAGUUAUUUCUAACCCCGCACUAGCGCUAACAUGUGUGUGCAUAUAGCCUUACUUGAAUUAAUUUGUCUGAUUUGACUUGACAGGCUUUUGGGUGAUUGAAUGGCACGGAUGAUGUAGUUAAAGUAAGUUAAGAAAUGGCAAGUAAACUGCUUGAUUGUCUCACUUGGUCAUGAAUCAUUUAUAUAUUAAGCACAUUUGCUGUAACAUCCAUGCCUUAUACAGCCCACUGCACCUCCACAUUGAAAAUGUGGUCCAAAUGAAUGUGUUUCUGCUAGCCGUUAAUCAGCCCCCACCCCCUGCCCUAACGUGCCCUAACAGUUCACUCUGAUCGCCUGCGGUCUUACAGACUGAAUGUCCACCUGGUCUGAGGCAUGUUUAAUAGGAAAGCCUUCUUAGUUGUGCUUAGUGCGCUGCUCCCUCAGCUCCUCCUGCUCUCUCAGUGCUUUAGCGACUCACUUUGGUAUUGUUUUAUAAUGACUAAAUAGUAAUGUAUAUGACUGAAUGAACCCACGCCGUUUGGAUUGUGUCUUUAAGUCUUAAUGAUGGGUUUUGUGUUGGGCCCUGGUGCUCUGUGGACUGGGUCAGUGGUGUUUUUGGUCUCUUGUUGCUUCCACAUAGGGCAGAGUAGAGCGUGCACAUUAAAAAAAAAAAAAAAAACUGCUGGGAUAAAAAAAUAUGUCAAUGAAUUUAAUCAUUCUAAUACACAGAUCUUCAAACAAUUUAAUCAAGGCAACUAAAGGCAACUACAUUUUAAUUGAAAUGAAUUAAUUAUUGACAAUGUGCAUAUCUUUCUUCUUUUUCCCUCCUUUUUUCUUGCUUCCAGACCUGAUUUCAACAAGCAGGACUGGUUUUGUGCCGUGUGGCAUCAAGCAUGGUUUAGAAUCUAAAGGGAACUCCAUCCUUAAACACUUCCAAUAUUAGUGACCAAUCUGCUAAUGCUUAGAGGACUGUGUGUGUUUGUAUUCAUCUAUUUUUGUUGCUUGGUGAUGUUUUUUUUUUUUUCUUACUCCCGGUGGAUAACUAGCCAAACUUAGAUGGCAUGACAUCAUCCAGUCAGAUAUUUCCAGUCCUAUAUGCUCUCUGGGGUGGUUGUUGCUGUCUGCUGUAUAUUUCCAACAACUCCCUUUAGUAGAAGUUGAUGAAGCAAAUUAAGAGAAAGGACACUAAAAGACAUCACCAGGCACACAAAGCUAUGAACAUUAAAGAAGAUUUAAGGGUGGAAUAUUCCUUCUAGUUUUAUACCAGAAGCUGGAUUUUGUGUCUAGUAAAUAAUGGCUUGAUGCCGAUUCUAUUUGACUAGGACUGCAACUGACCCUUAUUUUCAUUGUCAAUGAAUCUGUUGAAUAUUUAUGAAUCGAUUUAAUGGAUUAGUUGUUUGGUCUAUAAAAUGUCAGAAAAUGGUGAAAAAUGUCGAUCAGUGUUUUCCUCAAAUGUCUGUGUUUUGUCCACAACUCAAAGAUACUCUGUUUACUGUCACAGAGGAGAGAAGAAACCAAACACUAUUCACAUUUAAGAAGCUGGAAUCAGAGAAUUUCUACUUUUCUUUCAUGAAAAAUAACUCCAAUCGAUUAUCAAAAGAGUGGGCGAUUCAUUUAAUAGCUGACAACUAAUUGAUAAAUCGAUAAAUCUUUGCAGCUCUAGACUUUUCAUAUAAACACUCACACACAUACACGUACUAUGGCCUAUGUUGAUAAUUAUAUUAAAUGUCAAAGACAACUUAUUCUUAGGAGACAAAAACAGAUGCAGAACGACAAGCUGGUAUCUGAAAUGCCUCAUCAGUCAAUGAUACUCCAAUGACUCGUAUAUCACAAUAGUUGGAGAUUAAUAUAAUAGUUGACAACUUAUUGAUUAAUGGAUUCAUUUUUGCAGCUCUAAUUUUGACAUAAAGCAGCGGUUAUGUUGAGUUUUUGAGAAUGUGGCCCCUCUGUCCCUGUCCCAGGUCUCCAUGGCUCUGUAACAUGCGCCAGCACUCUGGCCACCAGGCACUAUAGGUCUGUAUAGCCUUGUUAUUUACUACUGAAUCCUCAACUCUGUACAGAAGAUGAGAAUAUGAUCGCAUGGAACCUUGUUACUGUAAUAAUAACCUAUACAGUAUAUAAUAUUUAAUUUUUUGAUAACUUGCAUCAACGAAACCUACUUACCGACAACACAGACUUGCGAGAAACCAUUUUUUUUAUUAUUCUUUCUUUGAGCACAUGGUAUCUAAGGAUCUCCUCUUUUUUUUCGUUUUGGUUUUGUAGAAUAGAAAGGUUGUUUCGUCAUUGUUCCCAUUUGGUUUUUACAGUUGCUGGGGUUUUGUGUCUUUUACUGUAGGGAAAAGAAUACGACGUUAUCAUGUUUAAGAUAGACAAGAAUCAUACUUACGCUGAUUAAAGACGAUGACGCUGAUCAUUUCGGGGAUAGUUAUCCGGGGCGAGAAUGUUCCAGAAAUUGUGAAUGAUCUGUGUCUGGUUUACACUGAGCGAUAAGCAGUGAUGAAUCCUGGGUUAUGAAGUUUUAUGACUGUACAUUGAAGGGCUUGGUGUGGAUGCGGGCUCUAGAGACCCCCCCCCCCCACCCCGAUAAUCCCUUUGGCUCUGACAACUCUUCUGGCAUGGUACUCAAAGUCCUCGACCAUCUGUAAAAGAAUAACCUUUACUAACCGUGAAGGAGUGAUCAGGUUCAUAUGAAUAACAUCUGAACAACCGUUCCCUUUCUCUGUCUGUAUAGACGAGUAAACAGUCUCUAGAGCCCGAGUUCCACCUCUGAGAAAUUAAAAGGAUUCUCUGUAUUGCCUUGUUAAUAUUAAUUGUGGACACAUAAUUUUAUAAAUGACAAACACGUGGAAAUAAAGAUAAUUUAUCUUGUUAUUUA